CAAUUCUCACGUCUUGACAUAGUCGCGGGCAUCGCGGGCGUCUGCGUGCAUCAUACAUGCAUUUGCAUGUGAAAGUUUAGGCAGAUAAAAGCGAAGUUUAAGUCAUUAUUUCUGUAUUUUGUCAGUGCCUGCGGUGGCUAUGCCUUCAGUACUUUUGGCUGACUCAAUCGCUGUUGAGCUGGGCGCCAGCCAGCCGUGGCCCGACGAUGCUAAGGUAUUGCAGUCUUUCGAAAAGUCUCAGGUACUUCUACCUGAGAGUACGAGUUCCCUGGGCGUCCAGACAUUCCUUCGGAUGGCCGGCCUCGACCACGAGGUGGAAAUGCGCCCCAACGUCGAGAGCAUUUCGCCUUCUGGCAAUGUGCCGGUGCUCAAGUGCGGGCCAUUCGUCAUUGCCGAGAUGGACCCCAUUGUCGCAUUUGUCAAUACAAAGGGCAUCCAGCUCACCCAGAACUUGUCUGUGCAACAGAAAGCUGACAUAAGGGCCUACAUGUCUUUAAUCAACACUGUACUGGUGAAUUCUGAGCUUUACAUCUGUUGGGCUAAUGACGACACUUACUAUGAGGUGACAAAACCACGGUAUGGUUCGGUGUAUCCAUGGCCCCUCAACCACAUUCUGUCCUUCCGAAGGAGACGACAGAUUCUGGCAAAGCUCUCCGUUUCCGAGUGGAGUGAAAAGUCAUUAGAAGAGGUGUUUGAAGAAGUGCAGUCAUGUUGUGCUGCACUGUCUGAACGCUUGGGCCAAAGCAAUUACUUCUUCGGAGACAAGCCAACUGAAUUGGAUGCCUUGACCUUUGGUCACCUGUAUUGCCUGAUGACGACGGAGCUUGUUGAUGGGCGGUUGGGCCAGAUUGUCAGUGGGUUCAGCAACUUAGUCGACCUGUGUCACCGAGUUGAAUCACAGUACUUUGCUGAUUCGUAGCGUGUACUUUAACAGCUUGAAAUUGUGAUCACCAGAAUUACUGCAGGGAACUUUUAUUUCCCUUGUGCUGUGCUCUUCCUCCUCGAUAAAUAGACAUGUUGUUGAUGA